AUGCCCUGCCAGCCGUUCGUGAUGAAAUUAUUUAUGAAAAAUAAAUGGAAUAUUCCUCUUUUGCUGCUGCUGUGGCUGCUGCAGGGAGAGGUCUCAGCAUCAGCAUCAGCAUCCGCCUCCUCCGACCCCGACUCCGACCCCAACACAACCACGACUGCAACAUGCAGACACGCCACGGACAUGUGGGGGGAUCCGGACCCCAACAUAUUCUACGUGUGCUCCGAUGCUGGCCAACCGCUGCAGCUCCGAUGUCCGGCAGGCCGGGGAUUUUUCAGCGGUCUCGGCCAUGUCGGCUGCCUGCCCUUUGCCCAGUGGCCGGCCUGCCUGCCUGCCCCGGAGGAGCAGGUGGUUGCCGGGUCGUCGUCAGAUGGCUGUGACAGCGGCGAACACCUGCUGUCGCCCUGGGCCUCCGCAGAUCCCAAUCAGUUCUACCUCUGCCCGGGGCCAUCGGCCACACCUCUGCUACUCACGUGCCCCGCCGGCAAAGGAUUCCUGGCCACCGAGGAGGCGUUGGGCUGUGCGGAUUGGAUGCUGUGGCGUCGCCAGAUGGAAUGCGAGGCGUACUACUGA